GAUCGAAGGGCGCGCGGAGCGGGUGUCAUGGCGACCUCCAUGCUGGCUUCCGUCCCCAGCCCAAGGCCGUUCGGCUUGGCCGGCCUGCUCCGUCGCCGGCCGCCUCGGGAUGAGUGGGAACGUGUGCGGCGGCUCCCGGGGCCCUCGGCAGUGCGGCGCAGCGUGGCGGCGGCCAGCGGGCAGGGCGUCCCGGGUUCCGAUCACUACUGCCUGGAGCUGCUAAGGAGGCGGGAUUAUGAGAGUUACCUGUGUUCCCUGCUGUUCCCUGCAGACUGUCGGAGCUCUGCAUCUGCACUGAGGGCCUUCAAUGUGGAGCUGGCUCAGGUUAAGGACUCUGUGUCUGAGAAAACCAUAGGACUGAUGCGGAUGCAGUUCUGGAGAAAAGCCGUGGAAGAUAUGUACCGCGACAACCCACCACACCAGCCUGUGGCCACUGAGCUCUGGAAGGCUGUCAAGAGACAUAACCUAACUAAAAGGUGGCUUAUGAGAAUCAUUGAUGAAAGGGAAAAAAAUCUGGAUGACAAAGCGUAUCGCAGCAUCCAGGAACUUGAAAAUUAUGCCGAGAACACGCAGAGUUCUCUUCUUUACCUGACACUGGAGGUGCUGGGCGUGAAGGAUCUUCAUGCAGAUCAUGCUGCAAGCCACAUUGGGAAGGCACAAGGCAUUGUCACGUGCUUGAGAGCAACGCCCUAUCACAGUAGCAGGAGAAAAGUGUUCCUGCCCAUGGAUGUCUGUGUGCAGCAUGGUGUUUCACAAGAGGACUUCCUUCGGAGGAACCAAGAUAAAAACAUGAGAGAUGUGGUUUAUGACAUUGCCAGCCAGGCACACUUGCACCUAAAGCAUGCGAGGUCCUUCCACGGAAGCAUUCCCUCAGAAGCGUUUCCUGCUUUUCUUCAGACGGUUUCUCUAGAGGACUAUUUAAAGAAAAUCCAGCGAGUGGAUUUUGAUAUAUUCCAUCCGUCUUUACAGCAGAAGAAUACAUUACUUCCAUUAGCUUUGUAUAUCCAAUCAUGGAGAAAAAGAUACUAAAAUGGUUUUGUGUUACUGAUCCUGGCUUUUAGUUUAUUGCUUUAAAAAAUGUGUUUGGGUU